UUUUUUCUUUACUAUAUCAUGAAAUCGAUUUCGCAAAUAUGGAGGCAGUUUAAUGCAACAAUCUCAACUAAAGCCGAACCAGAUAAUAAUACAGCCAUUUCGCCCACAGCUAAAAAUGCAAAUGAUAUUGAGGCAUCAGCGCUUAAGUCAGUUAUUAGAAAUAGGGCCAAGUCCUCACCAAAGAUAGACGUUGUGACACAUCAUGCCAGCAGUGUAAAUUCAGUCAACUCAAGUAGUAGUAGUACCACAAAACCUAAUGAAAAUCUCAACGGAAGGAGUAGUUCCUUGCUUGACAUAUCUCUCAACUUUAUUGAAUCAACAGAUUCUCUAAAUCAAAUACAACAAGAUGUCAUAGAUAAUCAAAAAUUACACUCCAAAUCAGUGGACCCAUCACCUACUGAUUUGUUGCCCAAGUAUGUCGACAAUAAUCUCUCGAGCAGCAUUCUGACCUGUGGAAGCGAAUUUCAUAAUAAAUGGCCUAUUUUUGACUCGAUAGAGCAAGUGCACCGCUUAUGUGAAGAAGAACAAACCAACGGCACUUCUCAAUCUCGACUUGCUCUUUGUUUACAUUUAAUGGAAAGUGCAUGGCAGGUGGAUCCCAAUAAUGAUAUGAUGUUGCCUCCAGAAGAAAUCAAACGCCAUUCAGGUGUGUUUGAGGAAGUAAUUUCAGCACUUAAAUUGAAUAGCGGAUCAAAAACACCAAGUACAUUAGGGGAAGCCAUGGUUAUGGAGUCAAAAAAGAUGCUAAAAAAGCUGGCUUGUUCAAGUCAAAAUAUGGGUCAACGUGCAGAAGCAGAAGCUCAGUUCUUGCUUGGUAACUGCUAUGGUAUGGGCGCUCUUGGGUGGCCUAUUGAUCAUAAGCAAGCUUUCCGGUGGUAUUUUCAGGCAUCCAAGUAUGGACAUCCUGAAGCUACUUACCGAACUGCAGUCUGUUACGAAUUGGGUCUAGGCACAGCAAGGGACGGUACUCGUGCAUCAACUUUUUAUCGCAAAGCUGCACAUUUGAUGCAUGUACCUAGUAUGUACAAGUUGGGUGUCAUACUGUUGCGAGGAUAUUACGGACAACAGGUAUCAAAGCGUGAAGGUGUUAUUUGGCUCCAGCGUGCUGCUUGUAUUGCUAAUGCUCCCUUAGCGCCUGGAGAAGAAUUAAAAGCGACCACAGUUGCAGGAAAUGGCGGGAUUGCCCUGCCUCAUGCUCUACAUGCACUUGCUAUUGUUCAUCUUACCAAAGAAUGUCAAGAUACAAGUAUGAUUCCAGACCCAAGUUAUGCCAUCAAGUUGUUGCACAAUGCUGCUAGGUUGGAUUAUGCUCCAAGUCAAUCAAAACUAGGGGAAUGCUAUGAAUGUGGUUAUUUUUGUCCUGAGGACGAAGCACAGUCUAUUUAUUGGUAUACACUAGCUGCACAACAAGAUUAUCCCGAGGCUUGCUUAGCUCUGUCAGGCUGGUACUUGACUGGAUCUCUCAAGACAAAUACAUUGAUGCAAUCAGAUCAAGAAGCUUAUCUAUGGGCCCGCAAAGCAGCCAAGCUAUCAAGAUAUCAACACUCAAAAUCAUUGACUGCCAAAGCUUACUUUACAAUAGGUGUUUAUUAUGAACAUGGUAUUGGUACAUCUAGAUCUGUAGAGAUGGCCAAUAGAUGGUACAAGAAAGCUGCUCAAUACAACCAUCCAGAAGCAAUUAAAAUGAUGCUGUAAUUCAUUUAUUUGUAAUUAUCUACUAAAUAAUUUCUUUUAUGUCUACCAUUUCUUUCUUAUGAAUAAACAGU